AUUUAAGGAGAGUGUUGUCGCAAUCGUUCGACAUUCACUCUACUACAACAUCACAACUGAAAAUAUGCCUGCACGACUACUCAACGUUUGAGAUAUUUUACAUACGUAGAAAGUAAUACUUCAGGGGGAAAUGAAAUAUUUUAUUACGGUACGACAACUGACGAGGGAGAGUAAUCUAGUUGUUUUCGACGAGCGAUAUCAGAAUACGUGAGGAUAAUUGUUCGAAUUAUAGACAUGGCUCGAGUUAAAAUGGCAUCAAGUGGCAUCAAUUCUUCUGCGACUAGUUCUCAUCGAACUGCGAUGGAGAGGUUUGGCGACCGUGGUAUGGCACUCCUACCGUGGAUCAUGCAUAUACUGACCGUACUGUGGGAACAACAACGGUCGUUGGUCCAUGUCAUUUACUACAGUUUCUUGUCAGUUUUCCAUAUGUUCAGGUUUGAAGUUCACCUAAGAAUCAACUCUGUCUCCGGAAAUUCCCACACAGGGGCCUUUCUGUCCAGUCUACAGGCUGAGGCGAUGUGCUGCAGAUUGGUGGACGACUUUGUGUCCCAUGCCAGGAUGGAUAGCGAUUAUGGACUUUGUCUUGGACACCACCCCAGCUGGAAACUGGGCUUUCCAAGUGACUGUAACCUGUUAGUGAGCAGCGCUGACUGUAGCUCCAGCUUGGAUGAAAUGUCUCACAACAACAAGGAGAAAGUGUUUGACUUUAAAACCAAACAUGACACCACCGAAGAUGAUCUGAGUGUUUACUGGGGUAAAGAGGAUGACCGAAACAUGGGAGCAUUUGACAGUGAGGACAGUAAAGCACUUUGCGAGUCCCUGGCCAUCUCCAGCGACCCUUACAAUCCCUUCUCUUUCCCCUCCUGCAAUUCAAGCUGCUCCAAUAUGGAGGAAACAAAAAAUGAAGAUCAAGUUGGCGGCGGCGGCCUCGACUGUAACUUGUCCAGCCGGCCGGGUGAAGAACUUCAAGAGAGCCUCGGUGGCUUGAACAUCUGGACCAGUCGUUCAGAUAGCGAAAGCAGCUGGGGGAGUUCUGAUGAUUCCUGCGCAGACCUGGACGAAGAGGAGAGUGACAGACUCUGGGCGCUCUUCACCAGCCCUGUCGACCCAUACAACCCCCUGUGUUUCACAGCAUCUGUAGCCAGCUCAGUCCCUCACACAGACAAAACACUUACACACUCCCAGGAGGCUGAUAGGGCCUCAGUCCUGACCUCAUGUUCUUUUGACAGCGAGACCCCUGGCCCUUCCUCCUCUGAGGAUGACACAGAGGAGCAGCUAUUGAGGUCCUGCUCCCAAAAUGAAGACCCUUACCACCCUCUGAACUUCCGUGCCUGCCUCCAGAGCUCCCCUACAACCACAGAUCCACCUGCCUUCAGCACUGGAGACCCUCUCACCCCACAGACCUGUCCCACACAGACACCACCCGGCCAGGGUAAGCAGAGGGGCGUUGUGGCCAAAAGCCUCCAAACAACCAGGCACACAAAGCCUUGUCUACCCAAGAGACCGCUAAAGCAGCAUUGCCACCCAGCUACCACACUAGUGCCCUGGAGGAGACCUGAAGCUAAAGUAACAGGAGGACAAAGACAACCUCAGGAGAAGUUCAACCACCCUCUUAAAAAGGUGCGGUUCUCACCACUUGUCCAGGUCCAUGUGAUGCAUACUUGGCCCUUUGCCCGGCAGAUGUCUCGCAAAGGACCCUGGGAGGAACUAGCCCGCGAUAGAGACCGGUUCCGAAAGAGGAUCCAGGAAACCGAGCAGGCCAUUGGCUACUGCUUCAGUCAAUCACACAGACACGAUUUGGGCAAAUUUGCUAAGCACUUCAACAUCAGCCAUGCCCCUGGUCCAUGAGCUCUGAACAUAAAUGUUUUACCAUACCUUCCUAAUGAGAACUUUUGAUUGGUUGCAAUGCAACAUGUGGUUUUAGGUCAAUUUAUAAUGUGAAGAUGGUUUUAGGCCAAUAGGAUUUGGCAUCAAAUUCUACCUGCACUGUACCUCAACACUGUUGCACUGAUUUUUAUAUUGGGUAUAGUUAUUAUUCAACAUUAAUGUAUGUAAUGUUCUUUUGUAUGCCUUAAAGUAAUUUAUUAAUGCCCUAUGGAGCUUGUUUGAAUUGUACCAGUUUGAAAUGUUCAUCUUAAUCCAGAUAAGUGGUGUAUUUAGAACUAAAAUAAUUAACAGAUGGUAUGUGAUCAUACUACAGUUAAUAAACAACCUGUUUGACACCAUAACUAUAAUGCUCUGUAAUUCAUCUUUGGAUAAGGAAAACUCAUAACUGUCUACUUUUUAAAUUGAAAUGACUUGAAUCAGAAUGAAACUUCAGUUGGUGUGAUUAUUUUAGUGGGAGGUAUACUUUGACCAUCCUGUGUGAGGUCAACCAAACCUAUCUCUGUCACCAUAGCUACACAGAAGUCAGUGUCAACUUGAAUGCAUAAUGUGUCACGUCUAUAUUUAAUGCCUUUACAUGGAACAGCUGUUCCAUGUAAAGGCAAAAGGCUUUCUGUCUCAGAUUGUAGUGACAUGCCUACAAAGCAGGGAGGGUAUGUUCAGUGGAGUGAGUUCACAACGCUGCAGAUAGAAAUGUAAUGUAUAGAGCUGACAUGAGUCAAUUAAUCUCCACAAUACCAGGCUUGUCAGUAUUUUCUGUAUAAUCUUGCAGAAAAGUCCCUUCAUUCACUUCAAUAUUCACCUAUUCUCCACAUCAUAAAUCUAGUUGCCUACCUAUUUUCACGCUAUGUCGCUUAGGCUGUGUUUACACAGGCAGUCCAAUUCUGAUCUUUUUUCUACUAAUUGGUGAUUUGAUCAAUCCCAGAUAUUUUCACAUCAGACCAAUUGCUCGUGGAACAUCUCAUUCUGGCUCGCAGUCGGCGGUCCAAUUCCUCCCAAAAGUGUGCGAUGGGACUGAGGUUAAGGCUUUGUGCAGACCAGUCAAGUUCUUACAAACUGUUGUGGAAAUUGCAAGAUUAUUGUAUUAUAAUAAUUGUUUUAUUCUACAGAAGAGUAUUCUGUUAACUAUUGUGUGUGUGUGUGUUUUACGAAGGGCCUCUAUGAGAUCGCACUGACAGGAGAUUUACGAUGUCUUUGGGUAAUAAAGCCUAAAGAGAAUUCCAGAGCUAAUGGUUCUGUUCUAUACCGUACCAGGGAGACGGUUCCAGUUUGGAGUAGGAGGGCCAGACACUGGUCUUUACAAUGCAAACUGUUGUAACUGUUGUAAAUGUUUUAUAGAUAUCUUUCAUACAAAUCUUAACCUUGUGACCAUUCUAUGUAUCUGUUGUUCGUCAUAUAGGUUGAGAGGGGUGUAUCUUGGCUAUAAAAGAUCUCUGUGCUUGUGUUGUCACAUUUAAUGGUUCAUUAGAAAUGGCGCAUCAUUGAAAGUUAAUUGCUAUUGCAAAGUUCUUAUUAUUAAACAUGUAGUUUAAGUAUAACUCUGACUGCUGUGUGAAAUUUCUCAUUUGGUAAUGCAGAAAUUAGCCACCAUAAAACCAAACCGAUCUUGACAAACCAUUUCUGUAUGGACCUCGCUUUCAAAUUGAUCAGAAAUACAGUGUAGACAUUGUGAAUGUUGUAAAUGACUAUUGUAGCUGAUUUUUAACGGAAUAUCUACAUAGGCGUACAGAGGCCCAUUAUCAGCAACCAUCACUCCUGUGUUCCAAUGGCACGUUGUGUUAGCUAAUCCAGGUUUUUCAUUUUUAAAAGGCGAAUUGAUCAUUAGAAAACCCUUUCCCAAUUAUGUUAGCACAGCUGAAAACUGUUGUCCUGAUUAAAGAAGCAAUAAAACUGGCCUUCUUUAGACAGGUGUGUGCCUUUCCAAGUCAUGUCCAAUCAAUUGAAUUUUACCACAGGUUGACUCCAAUCAAGUUGUAGAAACAUCACAAGGGAGAUCAAUAGAAACAGGAUGCACAUUAGCUCAAUUUCGAGCCUCAUGGCAAAGAGUCUGAGUACUUAUGUAAAUAAGAUAUUUCUGUUUUUUAUUUUGAAUAUAUUAGCAAAAAAUUCUAAAAACUUGUUUUCACUUUGUCAUUAUGGGUUAUUGUGUGUAGAUUGCUGAGGAUAAUAACAAAUAAAUGUAAUAAAUAAUAAUAUAUUUUUUUUAGAAUAAGGCUGUAAUGUAACAAAAUGUGGAAUGGAAUGCACUGUAUUGCAAAAGCGUUGCAAAAUUCCGGGAACUGUCAAUAAAUUCCAAUAUUUUUACAGAAUCAGAAGGGAAUAAAGCAGGAAAUCUGGAAUUCUCCAACCAGAAUUUCUGGGAAACCACAAAA